AUGCUCGCGCGCACGUCGACGCGCGCGUCCACGGCACGGGCGCGCGCGCGAUCGUCGCGAUCGUCGAAUGCGGGCGCGCGGGCGCCGGGCGAGCGAGCGGCGCGACGCCAUCGCGCGCGGACGCGCGCGUCGAACGACCCGGCGGCGACGACGGCGACGGCGCGCGAGCGCGCGCGGUGUUACGGAUGCGGCGUCGGCGUGCAGACGCGAUCGAACGACGUCGCGGGGUACGUCGAUGUCGCGACGUACGAGCGAAAGGCGACGCACGGACAGUGGGACAUGAUGCUGUGCGCGCGGUGCGCGAAGCUGAGCAACGGCGCGUACGUGAACGCGGUGGAGGGCCAGGGGGGGGUGAAGGCGUCGCCGGGGUUGAUCACGCCGAAAGAGCUGCGGGAUCAGUUGAAACCGAUCCGGGAGAAGAAGGCGCUGGUGGUGAAAGUCGUGGACGCGACGGAUUUCCACGGGAGUUUUUUGAAAAAGGUGAGAGACGUCGUCGGCGGGAACCCGAUUGUGUUGGUGGUGACGAAGAUUGAUUUAUUGGGGAAUGCGGUCGAUCACGACGCGUUGGAGCGGUGGGUGGCGAAAGAGGCGGAGACGAGGAGGCUCACGCUGGCGGGAAUCGCGCUCGUGAGCUCGAGAAGGGGUUCGGGAAUGCGAGAGGCGGUGCUGCAGAUGAUGCGCGAACGCAACGGUCGGGACGUCUACGUCAUCGGCGCCGCGAACGUUGGGAAAAGCUCGUUCAUCAGGGCCGCGAUGGAAGAAUUGCGUUCGGCUGGAAACUACUUUGCGCCGACGAAACGAUUACCAGUGGCGAGCGCGAUGCCGGGGACGACUCUCGGGGUGAUACCUCUGAAGGCGUUCGAGGGAAAGGGCGUCUUGUUCGACACUCCGGGGGUUUUCUUGCAUCACAGAUUGAACUCUUUGCUCAGCGCAGAGGAUUUAUCGGAGAUGAAACUAGGCUCAUCGCUUAAGAAGUUCGUCCCACCCACACCCGAGUGCGCCGAACCGCCGGGUUUCGCCUCGUUCAAGGGAUACUCGCUGUAUUGGGGAUCGUUUGUGCGCGUCGACGUUUUAGAGUGUCCUCCGAACGUGACGUUCGGCUUCUUCGGACCCAAAUCAACGCGCGUGAGCCUUAUGAAAACGGCAGACGUGCCUGAAACGAUUUCGGGGCAGGAAGAGGCGGCUUUGAGAUUGGUGCAAGAGAUUGACUUCUUACCGCCGAUGCACGUGGACGGUCCGCUCGUCGACCUCUCGGUGUCCGGACUUGGAGGUUGGAUUCGCGUCGAGAAGACUUCGGGCAGAGGAGACGGGCCAAUAAGAGCUCAUAUAUACGGCAUUCGUGGUUUAGAAGUGUUCGCUCGCGAUGUCAUGCCGACGGCUUAG